AUUAUAAUGCGUCCUUAAUGAAGAAUUGUGUCAACAAGUUUUAUAUCACAUUCUUAUUGAGAUGACCAUUGUGAAUUAUUCAUGCAAAUAUAUACACACUAACAUGUACACAACAUUUAAACAUUCACUGCAAUAGGCAUUUAGUUGUAUAAGGAAAAACGCGGCAAUGUUUCAGGAAAACAAAAACCUGAUAUUAUGCUAUAUUUGUGUUGAAGAGAUUGCCACAGAGUUUUGUAAAGAAUGUAACCAGUAUUUCUGUGAUAAAUGUAAACAUCAUCAUUUGAAAAUAUCAAGUUUACGUGAUCACCAGUUCACAUCUUAUGAUCAGAGGGAGGGACAAACACGUUGGCAUGUAGAACGCGGGAGAGGAGUUGUGAGGAAACGGUUUGAUAAUCAAGAUUUAUCACAGGAGUGUAGAUACCUUUGCAUACACUGUGGACCACCGAUAGUUAAGAAGAAACAGUGUCCAUCACAUUCAAAUCAUCUAGUGUUUGAUAUUAUUGGUGAAGAAAGUCAGCGUGACUUACCAAAGAUUAUCCAAAUGUUACAAAACUGUUCUACGGAUACCAAAGAGAAUAUCCUGUUUGCACUGAAAACUAUUUUAGAAGGCAGCUUAAGAUCUAUGCAGGAUGUCUUUUAUGAGACAGACAGUGUGAAGGUUAUACUUGAAAUGUUUUUCGAAACACGUGACACUGCUGUGUUAGACAAUAUAACAUCAGUGAUGCUAGUUAUUCCACCCGGAAAACUAGAUGAGCAAACCGAUGUGACAGGCCUGUUGAUUAGGACUGUUAUAAACUUUGGCAUAAGAAAUCCAGAGGAUGCUCGAUUACCACAUUUCCUUAAUGGUAUUGGUAUUAUAAGAAAUUUCAGCGAUUUGGCAUUCAGAGAUUUCCAAGAUGGAAUUGAGAAAACGAUUAUACAACUCAGAGAACAUAAACAUUUAGUCUAUUGUUUAAUUGAAACAGUCAGAUUGUACGUUACAAAGUUUGACGAAGUAGAGAGCCAAUGUGUAGAAAACUGCAUGUGUACCUUAGAAAAUUUAUCCCAAGAUGUCAUCGAUAAAAGACAUGAAGCAGAACAUAGUCAUAAAAUUUCAGGAUUGACUGCCAUUUUCUCGAAGAUACAUAAAGGUAAAAAGAAAAAGACAAGGGAGGUAAAUAGUGGCCUUGAUUUACCAUCAGGUAACUCAGAGUCUUCUGCAGUCCAUGAAUAUGAAUUACUAUGGAAGGAUAGCUCUAUAGGACUGUUCUGUAAAAUAAUUACAAAUGAGAAUACACAACCAAUAACGUUGAAAACAACAAUGGGUUUACUGAUUAAUCUCCUACCGUUUAACUGGCAUGGAGCAAUCAGUAUCAGUGCGAAAAUGAGAAAUCAGAUGGUUCUACCAGUGCUAAUUGAUUGCCUUUCUGACCUAAGGGAUCAAGUGUUGGUGACAAAAACCUGCCAUCUUAUACUAUGUCUUAUUUUUGAUGAAAAGAACAAGUAUUUGUUUGGAGUCUGCGCCAUGAAGCAUUUGCUCGGUGUGUUGCCAAUUAAGACAAACAGUGAUACAUUCUCAGAUGAUAUCGUUUUACCGGUACUUUCAAUUUUAACAGAGAUUGUUAGGGAUCAUGAAGAUCUGGCAUGGAAUUUGGUCAAGGAAAAUGGUCUUGAGAAAGUCAAAUUCAUAAAAUUCACUCCUGAGAUAUAUUCAGUGGAAAUUAAAGAGAAAGCAUCUCAGCUACUUUCAAUUUUAUGGAACAACAAGCACAAGCAUGUGUAUAUGAUCGACUCAAGCAAAUUAACAAAAGAUGAAGUAAAAUCUGAUUAUGUGUUAUAAUAUCCUGUCGACUUCUACGCCAUAGCUUCUCAAUAGGGGGAUUUGAAUAAAUGUAUAUUGUAAUUGUGAUUUGUAUUGUUAUACCAUCGUUCAUCUUUCUAUUUGUGUUUAUUAUUUGCCUUGCAUUUUCACUUGCAUUACACAAAUACUUGUACGCAUCAUGUUUUGUUAUAUCUGUAUACCAUUGUUUCAACAAAGGAAUAAAGCAUAUAGUAAAAUCAAAUAACUAUAGUUUCUAAAUUUAACUAUAUAAUCAGUUUAAAAAUAUUAAUCUACUUAGAACUUCAUAAAAAUUACAUCUGUUGAUAAAAAACAAUUGUGUGUAGCAACUUCCUUGUCUAGUUUUUUUUAAAAUAAUAAAUCCUAAUUUAAAAGUAAAAGAUUAUAUUACCCGAUAUUUAGAUUUCUGUUUAAUAUAUUAUGGACUAUUUUUCGUCUUCUCGUCUUCGCUUUUUGCUGCAAGUUUGUAAUGAAUAAAGCGUAAACGUAACAGCGAUCCAAUUCACAAAAAUCCGAAAAACACCUUGUUGUUUUUUUGUUUUUUUUAAUUUAAUCUUUUUUGCCAUCUUUGUUAUCUUUUUGUCACAUUGGUGGUGUUUCAGUCAUCAUAAAGAAAUAAUCUUUCGAGCGUUUCGCAAUUUCAAGAGUAUGCUAAGCCUAGACUCUAUGUUUGUUAUGAUAGAUUACACUCGUACAAGGUUAACUAAUUCUCUUUUAACCGAUAAAUUUAAUUCGAAUAAGCGGCAGCUAUCUAAGGUAUAAACAACUAUUGCUUAGAUAAAACAUCUCGUCUCGUGUGACUAUUUCCACAUGGUCAAUGUUGGUUUCAACCUGAUAUUUUAAUGAAAAAGCUAUGAAAUGCUGUUUAUGACCCCGCUGCGGCGUAGGGGGUUACCCUGGUCCGUCUGUACGUCAGUCCGUACGUACGUCCCAAAAUUAGUUUCCGUUCUCUAACUUUAGUUUGCCUCAACUAAAUAUUAUACACAGUGCUUAUUACCACAAAACACAGAUCAAGUUCGAAUUUUGGUGGCGUCACUUUUACAGUUCUACAGUUAUGUCCCUUUAUAAAUGGAAAAAUUGCUGAAUUUUUCGUUUCCGUUCUCUAAGUUUAGUUUGACUCAACCAAACGUUUUGAAACUUGUAUACAAUGCUUUUUACCACAAAACGCAGAUCGAGUUCAAAUUUGGAUGGCGUCACUCAUACAGUUCUCUAGGUAUGUCCCUUUAUAACGUUAUAUGCAAGCGGGGGCAUCAUAUGUGUCCCAUGGACAAAUUCUCCAUUUAUUUUUUAAAUAUUUCGGAAAGUGGUAUAGAGUAGUUCUAUGGUAUUUUGAGUUAUGUGAUACCACGUUACUUACAUUUUCCCCGUCAUUUCAUACAAAUCAUUAAUGUUUUUUUUUUCAAAUACAACCAUGUAAGAAAAAUCCCUAGCUGAUUCGUUAUAUCCUACUUUUGGAAUUCAUUUGUAUACUUGAUUUAAGCUGAGAUUACUAUGACAGUAUAGUAGUCUCUCAGUUUUAAGAUAUAAAGAUAUAAAUCCUGUUACUUAUAUUUUUUUCAAUAAAUACUUUUUUAAAAGUACCGUAAUCGCUUAGAAUCCCAGUCUAAAAGUCAAUGUCGCAAUACAACUCAUUAAUUGGUUAAUCAGAUCAACAACUGUAUCAUAAAGAAAAUUUAAAAAAAAACACCAACAAUGAAUAAAGAUAUAAGAAGGAUGAUAAAAUAAAACAAUUUGAUUGGUUGAUGCCUGUAAGGACUUCGAGCUGAAUAUACAUCAUAUUGCUAUUGAAUAAAGGAGUAUCAUUCGACCUUCUGGAAUUAAUAAUAAAGUUACACAAUGAGCACAUGAUACAAACGUCCAAAAAUCAGUGAUAGUCAGCAUUGCAUAUGGAUUGAAUAUGCAUGUCACUGAAUUAACAUAUAAAACUGCGUGUAAAGAUUCAUACGAUUUCGUUGAGGAUAACUUGAGUUAUCGUUAGACAUAUGCACAUUAUCUAGUUUUUAACUUUCGAAUCUAUGUCCCGUAACUCAAGAACGACUUAUCUUAAUUAAAAUCGUUUAUUAUAUAAUACAUAAUCGAAAGGUUUCGUAACAUGUGCACCAUAAGGAUUUGAUAAAAGCAUGUUCAAUUUGUCGUGAAAGAGGCGCUACAAAUUGCAUAGUAUAAUCUAUUUGAUGAUUAAAGUAACAAAACUCUGGAACGACUAAUCUGAAAAUAAUCGAAGUCGUUAGGUUGAUAGUUGUCAUGGCACUAAACAUAAUUGAGUUAAAAGUUAGUAACAAUUUGUUAAGGAAUGUUUGAGUUAAUGAGAGAUCAGAGAGAUAGAAAAACACAUUGUGUAUAAAAAGUUGUUUGACGCAUAGAUUUUUACGGAAUUAAUAUCUUUUAACUACUCAGUUAAGACGUCUUUAAAGUAAAACUUUUUUUCAAAAACUAGACAGGGUCCAAUGUGCAUGGUAAAGAAUAAAGCAGAUAUUUUAUGGUUUCAUUUCAUUAAGUUCAUCGGUAUAUCUGACAAAUAUGAGUUUCUUUGGUCUUGUGGAAUAAGUGUAGUCAAAAUUUAUAUCGAUUAUAAUGUAAUUUCAAGAGUUAUCUCCCCUUUUCUAAUGCAUUCUAUAUAAUUUAAAAUAUCUCCUAUGACCAGACAGAUAUUUCGAUGCUAUAUUUGUCAUUUGUGUCUAUAUUUAAUUCUUAAACUGUGCUUAUAUUACUGUUUUGUCAUCAUGCAUGUACAAUGUAUCACACCAUACCUAGGUUUUUUGUUUUGUUUGUAAUUACUUGUAACUAAUCUUUCUUUGUUAUAGAUUAAGGUUGUAAUUAUACUGCUAUUAAAGUGGAUCAUCGGUAUAUAUUCCCUCA